UCAAUAUUACUGUGUACAACUAAACACGUUCGUCGUAAUUUUGCAUUUAGUUGUUUCUCUUUUGUUUAUUUUUUUGUUGCAAAUAAGAAAUAGUUGUAAAAUGACUGAUGUGGAGAUGCCAAUGGACAUUGGUCCAAGUACAAGUGGUGUAUCAUCGAAACCAAGCGACACAACCCGAAAACAACAUUUGCCAUGGAUUGAAAAAUACCGUCCUCAACGUUUUGAUGAAAUUGUUGGCAACGAAGAAACUGUAUCCCGAUUGAGUGUGUUCGCAACAAAUGGAAAUGCGCCAAAUAUUAUUAUUUCGGGUCCGCCUGGUGUGGGAAAAACAACAACCAUUCUCUGUUUGGCUCGUAUUUUAUUGGGACCAAAUUUUCGUGAAGGUGUUCUCGAAUUGAAUGCAUCAAAUGAGCGUGGUAUUGAUGUGGUUCGUAAUAAAAUCAAAAUGUUUGCCCAGCAAAAGGUGUCAUUGCCAAAAGGACGUCAUAAGGUCAUUAUUCUCGAUGAAGCUGACAGUAUGACCGAGGGUGCACAACAAGCAUUGCGUCGUACAAUGGAAAUUUACAGUGAUACAACACGUUUUGCGUUGGCCUGCAAUACAAGUGAAAAGAUUAUCGAGCCAAUUCAAUCGCGGUGUGCGGUGUUGCGUUUUUCAAAAUUGAGCGAUGCUCAGAUUUUGGCCAAAUCGAUUGAAGUGUGUCAAAAAGAAGAUCUUGGAUACGACAAAGAUGGAUUAGAAGCAAUUGUUUUUACGGCUCAAGGUGAUAUGCGUCAGGCACUCAACAAUCUUCAAUCAACGUCGAAUGGAUACGGUUUUGUCAGCGCCGAAAAUGUAUUCAAAGUAUGCGAUGAACCACAUCCAAUGCUCAUUCAAGAUAUGUUAACGCAUUGUGCUGAAGGUGACAUACAUAAAGCGUACAAAAUUCUGGCAAAGCUGUGGCGACUGGGUUAUGCAGCCGAAGAUAUUAUCGGCAACAUAUUUCGUGUGUGCAAGCGCGUUUCGAUCAACGAGAAAUUACGACUGGUUUUUAUCAAAGAAAUCGGCCAAAUGCACAUGAAAGUCGUCGAUGGACUUAAUACUUUGCUACAAAUGACCGGUUUAUUAGCUCGACUUUGCGAACUUUCAUACGAAUAUCGAUAAAUCUCAUGAAUGUAGAAAAAACAGUCGUUAUUCAUCAAUUCCAAACAAAGAUUGUCAUUCAUUUUUUAAUAAUAUAAAUUUACUUUUGAUAAUUUAA